CACCCCCCACCCUUCUUCCCCAUUACAUUACACUCGUCAACAAAACACCUUCUUUAACCCAACUUCUACAAUUCUUCAAACCACCCAAAAAUGCCUUUUUUUCACCUCCUCCUACUCCUACUCCCCAUGAUAACACUCCUACCCUUUUCCUCCACCGCCGGUCCAGCCACCGGUUCACCGGAAUACAAAACCCUCCUGAACAUAAAAACCGCCAUUACCUCCGACCCACAAUCCACCCUCUCCUCAUGGAACCACCUCUCCACCACUCACUGCACAUGGUCCGGCGUCACGUGUGACUUAAACCGGCACGUGAUCUCCCUAGACAUUUCCGGUUUUAACCUCACCGGAACUCUUUCCCCGGCCAUCGGAAACUUAACAAACCUUGUUAACCUCACCCUCGCCGACAACAACCUCGCCGGACCCAUCCCGCCGGAGAUCGGAAACCUAACAAAUCUCCGUGUUCUCAAUCUCUCCAACAACAUCUUCAGUGACACUUUCCCGCCACAACUUAUUUCCCUAAAAAAUCUUCAAGUUCUUGACCUGUAUAAUAAUAACCUCACCGGAGAUUUACCCUCCGGCGUAUCGGAAAUGUCAAAUCUUGUUCAUCUUCAUCUGGGUGGGAAUUAUUUCUCCGGGAUUAUUCCGGUGGAGUACGGGAAAUUUCCGGUGUUGGAAUAUUUAGCAGUUUCCGGUAACGAGCUCACCGGAAGUAUCCCGCCGGAGAUCGGAAACUUAACAAACUUGAAAUAUCUUUACCUCGGGUACUAUAAUGUUUACUCCGGCGGUAUACCGCCGGAAAUCGGUAACUUAUCACAACUUGUUCGGUUCGAUGCGGCGAACUGUGGGCUCACCGGAGAAGUUCCGGCGGAAAUCGGUAAGCUUCAAAAGUUAGAUACUCUUUUUCUACAAGUUAAUGGGCUUACUGGGUUGUUACCAAAAGAGCUUGGAGCCCUAAUAAGUUUGAAAUCUAUGGAUCUUUCUAAUAAUAUGUUUUCCGGUGAGAUACCGGAGUCGUUUGGGGAUUUGUUGAAUGUUACUUUAAUGAACUUGUUUAGAAAUAAAUUGCAUGGUUCGAUACCGGAGUUUAUUGCUGAGUUGCCGGUGUUGGAAGUGUUACAGUUGUGGGAGAAUAAUUUUACCGGAAGUAUACCGGAAGGUUUGGGGAAGAAUGGGAAGUUGCGGAUUCUUGAUUUGAGUACAAAUAAGUUGACUGGAUCACUUCCUGAGGGUUUGUGUGUUGGGAAUCAGCUUGAGACUUUGAUUACAUUGGGGAACUUUUUGUUUGGGCCGAUUCCGGAGGCUCUAGGGGAGUGUCGGUCGUUGAGUCGGGUUAGGAUGGGGGAGAAUUAUCUUAACGGGUCGAUUCCGAAAGGGUUGUUGAGUUUGCCUAGGUUGUCACAGGUUGAGCUGCAAGAUAAUCUUUUGAAUGGCGAGUUUCCUGUGACCAAGUCAGGUUCGGUUAGUCUUGGUCAGUUGAGUUUGUCGAAUAACAGGCUUACUGGACCGUUGCCGGCUAGUAUUAGUAACUUUACUGGUUUGCAGAAGCUUUUGCUUGAUGGUAAUGGGUUUACUGGGCCGAUUCCGGAUGAGAUAGGGAGGCUGCAGCAACUGUCAAAGAUUGAUUUCAGUAGCAAUAAUUUUUCUGGUAAGAUUACGCCAGAGAUUAGCAAGUGUCAGCUGUUGACGUAUGUGGAUCUCAGCCGGAACCAGCUUUCGGGUGAGGUUCCUACUGAAAUCACAGACAUGCACAUUCUUAAUUAUUUGAAUGUGUCGCGUAAUCGUUUGGUUGGUAGGAUUCCGGCGUCGAUAGCAUCGAUGCAGAGCUUGACAUCUGUUGACUUUUCGUAUAAUGAUCUUUCGGGCUUGGUUCCGGGCACGGGUCAGUUUAGUUACUUCAAUUACACUUCGUUUUUGGGGAACCCGGAGCUUUGUGGGCCGUAUUUAGGACCGUGUAAAGACGGGGUUGCUAAUGGCACCCAUCAACCACAUUCGAAAGGGUCACUUUCUCCUUCCAUAAAGCUUUUGCUUGUUAUCGGACUGCUUGUCGCCUCCAUUGCGUUCGCUGUUGCAGCGAUCAUAAAAGCUCGAUCGUUAAAACGAGCUAGUGAAGCUCGAGCAUGGAAGCUUACGGCUUUUCAAAGAUUAGACUUUACUUGUGAUAAUGUGCUUGAUAGUUUGAAAGAAGAUAACAUUAUCGGUAAAGGGGGUGCUGGGAUCGUUUACAAAGGGGUAAUGCCAAACAAUGAGCUUGUAGCCGUCAAGAGAUUACCAGUUAUGAGCCGGGGUUCAGCCCACGAUCACGGGUUCAAUGCUGAAAUCCAGACUCUCGGGAGGAUAAGACACCGAUACAUUGUAAGAUUAUUAGGAUUCUGUUCGAAUCACGAGACAAAUCUACUGGUUUACGAGUACAUGCCUAAUGGAAGCUUAGGAGAAAUGCUUCAUGGGAAAAAAGGUGGUCAUUUGUAUUGGGAUACAAGAUACAAGAUUGCCGUUGAAUCCGCAAAAGGACUUUGCUAUCUCCACCAUGAUUGUUCACCGUUGAUCCUCCACCGCGAUGUGAAAUCCAACAAUAUCCUUUUGGAUUCUAAUUUCGAAGCCCAUGUGGCGGAUUUCGGUCUUGCUAAGUUCUUGCAGGAUUCCGGUACCUCGGAAUGCAUGUCCGCCAUUGCUGGUUCUUAUGGGUACAUUGCACCAGAAUACGCAUACACACUAAAGGUUGACGAGAAGAGUGACGUGUACAGUUUUGGUGUGGUCCUGUUAGAACUAGUGACCGGCAGGAAACCAGUGGGAGAGUUCGGAGACGGUGUCGACAUUGUGCAAUGGGUGAGAAAGAUGACCGGCGGCAACAAAGAACACGUUAUGAAGAUAGUGGAUCCAAGACUCCCAACCUCGCCCGUUCAUGAGGUGAUGCACGUUUUCUAUGUAGCAAUGCUUUGCGUUGAAGAACAAGCGGUGGAACGCCCAACGAUGAGGGAAGUUGUUCAAAUCUUAACAGAGGUUCCCAAGGCUCCUGUUAGCAGACAAGGAGGAGAUUCAGGUGCUGCCGCCAGUGUGGGUACAGAUCCACCUGUUUUGAGAUCACCAUCACCGACGGUGACCACCAUGGAGUCCCCCAUCGUUGCUUUGAACAACUCUACCGAACAAAACCAGCUCCGUGAUCUUUUAAGCAUCUGAAAAUAAAUUUGUUGGGUUAGUUUUUAUUUUCCGAAUCUUGGUUCAGUUUGUUUUUCGUCUUCGAUUUGCUAUGUUUUUUAAGUAAUUUGUACAUAGUAGGAUUCGGUUUUCGGUAAUUUAGCAGUGAUUCCUCCUGGUUUGA